GUUCUGAAGAGUUCAAGCUUUCUCUACACUCUACAUGUUCUGAUUGUUUGUUUUACUUGACAGUACCGAAAGUUGAAAAGUUAAUAUAUUAACUUGAACAAUGCCUUCCGAAGAUGUGCAAAAGCACUCUGUCCAUACACUGGUUUUUAGGUCACUUAAAAGGACACACGAUAUGUUUCUAUCUGACCAAGGCAAUGCCCCAAUGAAGUUUGAAGAAAGUGAACAAGUAAAACGUCAAAUAAAAGUUCUGGAUGAAUAUGGACCUGUAAAAGAUGCAGCCAAGAGAGAAGCAAGAGCCAAACAGCUACAGCAGGGAAAUGAUCUUUCAAAUGGUUUACUUGGAGGUGAUGGUGAUCACAUGAGGCACUCACAUGAGCUGGAUAGAGCUGAUCAAAACAGUCGUGCUUUGGUGUCGGUUACAAUUGGUCAACAACAGAUGCUGGUACCUAAGAAAGCACCAACAAUGCCUAAACCCAACUGGCAUCCACCUUGGAAACUUUACAGGGUAAUCAGUGGUCACAUAGGCUGGGUUCGUUGUCUUGCAGUAGAGCCAGGGAACGAGUGGUUUUGCUCUGGUGCCGGUGACAGGGUCAUUAAGAUAUGGGAUCUUGCCACAGGUACAUUAAAGCUGACUUUAACCGGCCAUGUAAGUACAGUCCGAGGCGUUGCUGUAAGUGCCAGACAACCCUAUCUUUUCUCCUGUGGUGAGGACAAAAUGGUCAAGUGCUGGGAUCUUGAACAGAACAAGACUAUUCGCCAUUAUCAUGGACAUUUAAGUGCAUGCUAUGCUCUUGAUCUUCACCCAACAAUUGAUGUUUUAACAACUUGUGGCAGGGAUGGCACUGUUAGAAUCUGGGACAUUCGUACUAAAGCCUGUGUCCAUACCAUGACUGGACACACCAACACAGUAGCUGAGGUCAAAUGUCAAGCAGCCGAACCACAGAUUAUAUCAGGUAGCCAUGAUUGCACAGUGAGACUAUGGGACCUAGCAAUGGGGAGAACUAGAGUCACCUUGACCAAUCAUAAAAAAAGUGUUAGGGCAUUAGCACUGCACCCAACCCAAUAUUCCUUUGCGUCAGGUUCUCCUGAUAACAUCAAACAGUGGAAGUUCCCAGAUGGCAACUUUUUACAGAACAUGUCUGGCCACAAUGCCAUUGUCAACAGCCUGGUUUGCAAUUCAGAUGGUGUUCUAGUGUCUGCAGCUGAUAAUGGCAGCAUGUUCUUCUGGGACUGGAAGACAGGCUACAACUUUCAGCGUAUCCAAGCUGCGGCCCAACCUGGAUCUAUUCAUUCUGAGGCUGGGAUAUUUUCCCUCUGUUUUGACCACAGUGGUACUAGACUCAUCACUGGAGAGGCUGACAAGACCAUCAAAAUUUACAAGGAAGAUGACACUGCUACUGAAGAAACACAUCCCAUCAACUGGCGACCAGACAUUUAUAAAAAGAAACGAUACUAAUCAUCAAAUUCUUUGCCAAGAUUUGUUGGUUUUUUUUUUGUAAAUAAAGAGUUAUAAACUAAAAUGGCUAUUUGUUUUAGAUG